GAGAUAGCCGAGGACGAGAGGGAGGAGGGAGAGAGAGAGAGAGAGAGAGAGAGAGACGAGGAGACGGAGGAGAACAGAAGAGAAAGCAGAAACACACACACAGGGAGAGAGAAAGCACACGGAGAGCAAAAGAGCGAGAGAUGAAAUUCCUCGGGGCCGUCUGCGUCCUUCUCUUCCUGACGGAUUUCAGCCUCAACAGCAGCUAUGAAGUGCUGGAGAAGAAGCUGAAAGAGGCCUUCACAGAAAGAACGGGGAUUUUACGCCAACUCUCGAAAACAUCGAAGGAGCUGGACAGCAUAAAGGGCAACCUGCAGUCGAUGAAGAAUGACGACUCUGUGCCCAAAAAGGACGUACAGCGGAUUCUGGAGCUGAGUCACAAACAAAGAGAAGAGAUGAGAUCACUCCAGGCAGCCCUUCAGAAGCAACUGGACGAGGCGGCAGAGCGAGCCGAGAAACAUCAAGCCACGAUCAAGUUCCUGAAAAUGGAAAUGGAGAAAAAGACCAAAAUCAUCAAAGACCUGCAGCAGGAGAAUAAAAGCUUGAAGAAUAAACUGCUUUCUGGAAAUAAGCUGUGUGACAUACACGCAGAGGAGUCUAAAAGAAUCCAGGCCCAACUGAAGGAGCUGAGAUACGGCAAGAAGGAUUUAAUUUUCAAGGGUCAGCAGCUCAUGGACUUGGAGAACAAGCUGCGAGUGGCCAAAGAGGAACUGGAGAAAGCAGCACUGGACAAGGAGUCCCAGCUGAGGGCUUUGAAGGACACGGUCCAUAUUUGUUUUUCAUCCGUCCUACAAACCCAGACGGUGGAUUUACACAGACUGCCAGCCACGCCCACUCACUUGAUGCGAUACUCUCCGUUCAUCAAUAACUCAAGAGUCACCUUCAGGGAGCCGCACAUGAAGGAUAUCCCGAAAGUUCCCAGAAUCACAACAAGUAAAUCUCCUGUGAACAUGGAGAUAAUGAGGAGAGAUGGUACAGCUGCCAAGGAAUGCCCCAUGGUAAAGGUUGGUGCUGAAUGUUUCCAGAAUCAAACUGAGAGAACAUCUGGGAAGAAAUCUGACCAACCUGCUCACCACCAGCCGAAGACUCUGGAACACACUGACGCACAGACACCGGGGGACAGCGGGAAAAUGGAGGAAGGAAAAAAGCCACAGCUGGACAAACACAACUGAGACACGACUAAACAAGACAGCUGGACAAACACGACUAAAAGACUUUGGCAGAUUUUUUUUUUUUCGUGUGGUAUCGGUUUAAUCGGUUUAACUCCCCUGACCUGUCACUUACAGAGAAUAGAAAGCACACACACAGACACACACACACACACACACACACACACACACCAUGUAAGUAUCACUGUUCUUGUAGAGGAAGAACCCAAAACGUCUGAGUUUGACCUGAGAUCCAGCAGAUUAGUACAACGGCAUGCACUAUAGACUUUUAGGUUUGACGUUUAUAACAGUACUGGUCUUUUCUUUCGUUUUCUUUACGUUUCAUGAUAACACAACUGUUCUUUUAUCCUUUUAAGUUUUUUCGGAAUUUCUUCAGCGAUUGUGGACAUCUUUUGAUUUGUGGUGUUUGUAGUUGAGAACUUUGUGGACUUGCACCACACGCCGGAGACACACUCCUAAUUCGCAUCGCUCUCGGACGCGGCCCGCCGAAAGUCGAUACCAGAAGCACGGAUACGGAUCUGACAUCACGCUGGUUCUGUUUUAAACUGCCCAGUGCUAAAACUCCUCUUAAAUUACACAAGGAAUGACAAAGAGUUAGGAUUUAAAUGUAAAGAUUUGGUCCUUUUUUGUGAUGAUGGUAGUUUUCAUUUAAUCUCUUCCCUUUUCUGUAUCCUGUAACUCUUAGUAUGAAUCGAGUUAAUUCAGAGUUGGCUGGCCAACUUUGAUCACUGAACAACUUGAAAGCUUUUGGUGCGAAAAUUUAAAGAGAAAAAGGAAAAAAAAAAAAAAAACAGACUCACAGUGAGUCGUCUCCCUGAGAAUGAUGUGCCAUGCACUGAGGACUUAAUCUACUGCUACAUGUCUCGGUUUCUCUACCUUCCUGUGUCCUUUCAAUAAAACCGUGAUUUUCACUAAA